AUCAACUCUUGCUCUUGCACAUCAUUUAAUUAUGAUUUUUACGCGGUCCAGGACCAACAUUGUGGCUAAUUCCUGUUUCAUGGAGCGACAAAAACAGACAGAUGAUUAACCAGCCAAGUUUCCUCUCCUCUUUAAUUUCCUCAUGAAUCAGAAGUCAGUUUAGUACUGUAUCAGCUGAACAUCUAUGGAAUCAUGCCAUCCGUUUCUUCUACACAGCUUGUGCUUCCUGUCCCUCGUGUUGCAGAUAAGCUAUGCGUUGGACUCCAUUUCAGCUGGCCAGAACAUCACAGACGGCCAAACGAUAGUCUCAGCUGGUGGGAACUUUGAGCUAGGAUUCUUCAGCCCUGGCAGCUCCAAGAACCGUUACGUGGGCAUAUGGUACAAUAAGAUAUCGGCCGAGAGGGUAGUUUGGGUCGCAAACCGAGAGAAUCCCCUGAAUGACUCUUCAGGAGUCCUGAAGCUCACUCCUCAGGGUGUACUGACUCUCCUGAACCGCACCGAUGGUGUCGUUUGGUCCUCCAAUGUGUCGAGAUCGGCCCAGAAUCCGAUUGCGCAGCUUUUGGAUUCCGCCAAUUUCGUUGUAAAAGAAGGAAACGUCAAUGACUUGGAUGAUGCAAUCUGGCAGAGUUUUGAUCACCCUUGUAAUUCGUUUCUGGCUGGCAUGAAGUUUGGUAUAGAUCGAGCGAAAGGCCUGGACCGGUACUUGACCUCGUGGAAAAGCGUGGACGACCCUUCACCUGGUGAUUUCACAUAUAGGCUCGAUUCUUCGGGUUAUCCACAGCUGAUCCUGAGGAACAGAUCGGUAGUGCAGUUCCGGUCGGGACCUUGGAAUGGCAUUCGGUUUAGCGGGGUCCCUCAGUUGAAGCCGAAUCCGGUUUAUAUGUUCGGCUUCGUCUUCAACCAAAAUGAAAUCUACUAUUACUUCAACAUUCUGAACAGCUCCAUCACAUCGAUGUUGGUUUUAAAGGAGAACGGGAUUGCUCAGCGCUUCACUAGGAUAGGCCAGACACAUGGUUGGAAACUGUAUACGCCCACACAAACUGAUGACUGUGACACUUAUGCAUUCUGUGGAGCGAAUGGGAAUUGUAACAUGGCCAGCUAUCCAAAAUGUGUGUGCUUGAAAGGGUUCGUUCCCAAAUACCCGAUAGACUGGGGAUUUGGGGAUUGGUCAAAUGGGUGUGUCCGUAGGACAGAACUGGUUUGCCAGGGAGGAGAUAAGUUUCUGAAGCACACCGAAGUGAAAUUGCCCGACACAAGGCUUUCAUGGUUCAACGAGAGCAUGAACCUUCAAGAUUGCGAGAGGACUUGCUUGAUGAACUGCUCGUGCACAGCUUAUUCGAACUCAGAUAUUAGAGGUCAAGGAAGUGGAUGCUUGCUCUGGUUUGGCAACCUGAUUGAUAUUAGACAGUUCAACGAGAACGGCCAGGACAUUUAUGUAAGGAUGGCCGCGUCAGAAGUCGGUGGUAGUUCGAGUGGGAAUACUGGCGCAAAGAAAAGCACGGGCAUCAUUGUCAGCAUUGUGCUCUCCGGAGUGUUUCUUCUUGGUAUCACGGUUUAUUACAUGAAGUAUAAGAGAGAUGGAAAAACCUUUGCAUUCUCCCGUCAAAGCCAUAGUGAAGAUCCAGAGUUACCUCUGUUCGACCUCGCAACGAUUGUAAAUGCGACGAAUAACUUCUCCAAUGACAACAAACUCGGAGAGGGAGGCUUUGGAGCUGUCUAUAAGGGUGUUCUGAAGAAUGGCCAAGAGAUUGCUGUGAAGAGGCUGUCAGAAAAUUCUAGGCAGGGACAGGUCGAGUUCAAGAACGAAGUUGUCUACAUCGCCAAACUUCAACACCGAAACCUGGUCAAGAUUCUUGGAUGCUGCAUUGAAGAAGAUGAAAAGAUGUUGAUCUAUGAGUUCUUGCCUAACCGGAGCUUGGAUUUUUUCAUUUCCAACCAAGAGGAGGGUGUUUCACUGGAUUGGCCCAAGCGCUUCGCCAUCAUCAAUGGCAUUGCUUCGGGGCUCCUAUACCUUCACCGAGACUCAAGAUUACGAAUAAUUCAUAGAGAUCUAAAAGUUGAAAACAUCCUGCUCGACAUCGAGAUGAGUGCAAAGAUAUCAGACUUUGGUUUGGCAAGGAGUUUCGGAGGUAAUGAAAGUGAAGCGAAUACGAAUAGAGUGGUGGGAACAUUCGGUUACAUGUCCCCAGAGUAUGCCAUCCACGGUUUUUAUUCGAUAAAAUCAGAUGUCUUCAGUUUUGGUGUUGUAGUACUGGAAAUCGUGAGUGGGAAAAGAAAUCGAGGCUUCAAUCAUCCUGAAAACCGUUUAAGCCUUCUCGGAUAUGCCUGGACACUGUUAAGAGAUCAAAAGUCUAUGGAGCUCGUAGAUCCAUCGGUUGCAUCCACAUUCAACCCUGCGGAAGUUUUACGAUCCAUCCAUGUGGCUUUGUUGUGUGUUCAAAAAAAUCCGCGCAAUAGACCGGAGAUGUCGUCUGUGGUUAUGAUGUUGGGCAGUGACAGCACAUUGCCUCAGCCUAAACAGCCUGGAUUUUUCAACGAGACGUCUUUGUCCGAAGCAAGUUCUUCAAGCGACGGCAAGCAUAAAAAAUUUUCGGUGAACGAAAUAACUAUUUCACAGUUACUGCCUCGAUAAUAUAUCUGUAAUUUCAAUUAUGUUUAUAUGGAUACCAUAUGGAUACGAGAAGAUCAUGGCAUUUGUACUAAGAGUCAUCUCUUAAUCUGGAAUUGCAAGACGUUACAGGGACAUGUGAAAGAUUGCACCUUUUGUUCUUCCAA